AUGGCGCUCUGGUUGACUUUGGUCGUUGUUCUCACCUGCUUUGGCAGUUUCGCCUCCCCAGGCCCUGUGCCCUCCUUCACGGUCCUCAAGGAGCUCAUUCAGGAGCUGGACAACGUCACCCAGAAUCAGGUCCACCUCUGCAAUGGCAGCAUGGUGUGGAAUGUCAACCUGACAGAUGGCUCGUACUGUGCAGUCCUGGAAUCACUGAUGAACAUCUCUGAUUGCCGCGCCAUCUAUAGAACCCAGAGGCUGCUGAAUGCAUUCUGCCCUGAGAAGCCCUCAGCCAGGCAGCCUUCCAAGCAGCUCGUCCGAGACACCAAAGUUGAAGUGAUCCAGCUGGCCAAAGGCCUGCUCCAACAGUUAAGAAAAACUGCUCGCUACGGAAAGUUCGACUGA